GUUUUCCUGGAGCCCCCAGCCUUGCCCUCACCACCCAGGCCCCAGGCCUGAACCCCAUUGCCUGGGAACCUCCUCUCCUCAGAUGGGGCUCCAGUGGUCCACCAGGUGGCCCUCUGCUGACUGACGGUACAGGUUGGGGGUCCUAAAGACGUGAGAGACCCUAGGGGAUGCACUCCCCACCCCCAUGGAUGUGGCAGCGCCCAGGGGUGGGGUGAUCAUUGUUUCUAGUAUCUGAAGGACUCUUAUGUGAGAGUCAUGAAUUCCUAGCAUUCCCUGUGCCAGGACAGGACGGGGAGAUGGGGGCAGGGGAGAGGGUACAAGCCCCACCUAGGGCAGUGGCCAGAGCAGUGAGAGGCAGGCAGAGCCAGGAGCCUGGACAGAAGGCAAGAUGGCAGCAGGUGCAACGGCUGGAGCCUGGGUGCUGGUCCUCAGUCUGUGGGGUGAGCCACUACCCCCACCUGUGGAAGGCACUUAGCCCCCUCCCCAGAUCUCCCCAGAACUUUCCUGCAAGCUGUCACUGCUCUUCCAGCUCCCGUGCCCACCCUGUGCUAGUUCUCUCAGCCCCGUCUCCCUCCGCCCCUCCACCUUGGUGCUGUCUCUCAGGGACAGUGGUAGGCGGUCAAAACCUCACAGCCCCAAUCGGGAAGCCACUGGUGCUGAACUGUAAGGGUGCUCCCAGGAAACCACCCCAGCAGCUGGAAUGGAAACUGAACACAGGCCGGACAGAAGCGUGGAAGGUCCUGUCUCCCCAGGGAGGCCCCUGGGACAGCGUGGCUCGAGUCCUCCCCAACGGCUCCCUCCUCCUACCGGCCGUGGGGAUCCAGGAUGAGGGGACUUUCCGGUGCCGGGCAAUUAGCCGGAAAGGAAAGGAGAUCAAGUCCAACUAUCAAGUCCGAGUCUACCAGACUCCUGGGAAGCCAGAAAUUAUUGAUCCUGCCUCUGAACUCAAGGCUGGUGUCCCCAAUAAGGUAGGGACAUGUGUGUCUGAGGGGGGCUACCCUGCAGGGACUCUUAGCUGGCGCUUAAAUGGGAAACCCCUGAUACCUGAUGGCAAAGGAGUGUCUGUGAAGGAAGAGACCAGGAGACACCCUGAGACAGGGCUUUUCACACUCCAGUCAGAGCUGAUGGUGACCCCAGCCCAGGGAGGAGCUCCCCACCCUACCUUCUCCUGCAGCUUUAGCCCUGGCCUUCCCCGGCGCCGAGCCCUGCACACAGCCCCAAUCCAGCUCAGUGUCUGGGGCGAGCACAGAGCCCCGGAGCCUGUGCCUCUAGAGGUCCAACUGGUGGUGGAGCCAGAAGGUGGAGCAGUAGCUCCUGGUGGUACUGUGACCCUGACCUGUGAGGCCUCCACCCAGCCCCCUCCUCAAAUCCACUGGAUCAAGGAUGGCACACCCCUGCCCCUUCCUCCCAGCCCAGUGCUGCUCCUCCCUGAGGUAGGGCCUCAGGAUCAAGGAACCUACAGCUGUGUGGCCACCCACCCUAGCCAUGGGACCCAGGAAAGCCGUGCUGUCAGCAUCAGCAUCAUCGAAACAGGCGAGGAGGGGCCAACUGCAGGCUCUGUGGGAGGGCCUGGGCUGGGAACUCUAGCCCUGGCCCUGGGGAUCCUGGGAGGCCUGGGGGCAGCCGCCCUGCUCAUUGGGGUCAUUGUGUGGCAAAGGCAGCGACGACGCAGAGGAGAGGAGAGGUAAGUGGAGAAAGCUAGAUACCUCAGACUUAGGGCUUCCGGGCAGCAAGGAGAGGUGUGGAGGAAAUGCUAGGACCCACGUGCACAAUUCUCCCCAAUCUUCCUCCCCAGGAAGGCCCCAGAAAACCAGGAGGAGGAAGAGGAAGAGCGUGCAGAGCUGAAUCAGUCGGAGGAGCCUGAGGCAGCCGAGAGAAGUGCAGGAGGGCCUUGAGGGGCCCACAGCCACCCCUACCCCUCAGCUCCCUUUUCUUUUCCCCACACUGUUUUGGCCCCAGACCAGUCCUCACUUGUAUAACCUCUACUCACCUCGCCAAACUUUCUUCCACAACCAGAGCCUCCCAUGAAUAAUGAUGAGUAAACACCUGACAUAUCUUG